AUGGAUUGGUUAGGUUACACAUGGGAUACCAUAAUAGGUAGAGUUUUUAUCAAGGAAGAGAGAAUUGAGAAAGCCGAAAAUGGUAUUCGCAAAUUAUGCAUAGAAGCUACAAACGGUAGAUUGUUAUUCAGUGCUAGAUUUUUAGCCAGUAUUUUGGGUCAAACCAUUUCCAUGAUGAUUGUUAUUGGUGACAAGGUGAGAUUGCACACCAGAUACUUGUAUGAUUGUAUCAUGGGACGAGCAAGUUGGGAUGCUCCUGUAAAGAUGAACCCAUAUGCUCUUACAGAAAUUUUAUUCUGGGAAAGUUUGCUCAGAAAAUUAAAUAAGCAGGGUGUUGACAUUUGCAGAGUUGAUCAUGAUUUUGUGUCAGAUUUUGACAUUUUUUGUGACGCCUCAGAUGUAGGCUUCGGUGGUUAUUUAUCCACUCAGUUUAGCGUUGUUACUUGUGUUGACAACAGUGAAAUGUCAGGUAAUUGGACAAGUGAUGAAAAGUUGGAAAGUUCAACGUGGCGCGAAUUAGAAUGCGCAAGACGAGUAUUAUGUACUUAUGAGAGUAAAUUUAGCUUAGAUAACAAGUCGGUUAGCAUUAAAUCGGAUAAUAAAAACGUCCCACAUAUACUAAAGGUCGGCAGUAAGGAAAGCAUAUUGCAAAACAUAGCAGUAGAUAUUCACUAUAUUAGUUCAGAAAAGAACAUUAUUUUAAAUUCUAAAUGGCUACCAAGGGCAGACAAUCAAUAUGCAGACAAAUUGAGCAGAAACACUGAUAACGAUGAUUGGGGUAUUCAUGGCGAAUUGUUUAAUUAUUUCAAUGGUACAUGGGGACCAUAUAACAUUGACAGGUUCGCUACUCAUUAUAAUACACAAUGCACACGUUUCAACUCAAAGCAUUGGUGUCCAGGUUCAGAAGGCAUAGACGCAUUCUCUCAAAAUUGGGGUAAAGACACAAACUGGUUAGUUCCACCACCAUCUCUUGUUCCCAUGGUUUUACAAAACAUUCAGCAUGACAAGGCUGCAUGUACCUUAGUUAUUCCUGAAUGGAAAUCGGCCCCUUUUUGGCCGUUGAUUUACACAUCAAAAGGUAUAGCACAUUAUAUACAAGACAUAGAAUAUUUGUCGGGAAAAAGGGUGAUAGUAAAAGGAGCAGACAAUAACGGAGUUUUCGCAAAGUUGCCAAUGAAAUUUAGAAUGCUAGCUUUGAGAAUAGUUUUUUAA